CCAGGCCCGACGGAUAGUAUGGGAUUCAAUGCAGGCAUAAGUGCUUUCUGAUAUGACGCUCAACGACCCUAGGAAGCCUCGGCGACGGUACUGAUGAAAGUAGCCCGGCGUCCCCCCGACCUGGCCGGACUCAAUCUAACUAAUUCACCCAUCGCCUUUUUUCCAUGGUGCAAUCCGCGAAAAGCUCCACGUUGUCAGCGGUCAUCUGUCUGUGCUUGUGCUAGUCACGCUUUCGCCCUUUGCCCAAGCAAGAUUAGCGCCCAUCCAUUCGGUAGCACAUUUUGUGUGCUGCAGCAACACCCCUUUUCCUGCUGCCAUCCCAUCUCUCCUCUCACGCCACCAAAGCCUUGACGCAGCCGGGAAGCUCCUCCUCGGGAGAGGUGUCCUUGACAGAUGGCCUAGGCGCUGAUGAUUGGGACUUGUAUGUGCACAG